AUGGCCGUUCUGCGGAUUCUCCAAAUCGGUAGGAAGGGCAUCACAGACCCCACCUUCGGGCGCCGGGUGGUCUACGACUCCGAGCGCCUUGUGCAGUCCUGGGAGAACUUCCUGGACUCCCUGGGCUUCCCGAAGGCUUCGCCCAUCCGGCAGCAUGCCGCUGGGCCCAUGCCGAGAGUGCCGAAGGUGCGUCAGCUCUUCAGCCGCGAGGAUCUGGAUGAGCAAUUUCAAGGUCUCUACGAUGCACUCUGCAAUGGCUCGGUAUUUGGCAAAGGCCACUUUGAGCGCUUCAGCCGGGGCAUCCGCGGGCACGUCCAUGUGCUUUUGGACAAGAAGACCAAGAUCUCCCUGCUGCCGCCCACCAGCGAGGACCUCCGGUGGAUUUCCCAGGGCUUCGAAGGCGCCUUCGAGGAGAGGCCCCUGGACCGCCAGAGCUUCCCCAGCAUCGCCAAGUUGGUGCUGCUGCGGCGGGUGGUGCGCACGCUGAUUGAGUAUGUUGGCAUUGAGCAGCUCAAGGCGGGGGUGGCGGCUCCGCUAGUGGUGGACCUGGCUGUGGAGAUCGCGGGGCGCGCGCCCUUUCGGCUCCACACGGUGGCACCGUGUUCAGCUCCAAGCUUAAAGAGUGGAGAACGCUUAGAUCUCAUCGCCGAGUGA